CGCACGAGCCGUUACGAAAUUCCCGUUCAUUCAAUUUGAUUUUUGGACGUUCGAAUUUUUCUCUCACAAAGUUCCAGCCGAACUGUUGCCUAUCGGAUUUCUGCACGACAUUCUUUUCUUUCUCAGUUUCGCCUAACCAAAAUGUCCAAAACAAAAUCCAAAAAAUUGAUCAAAGCGACAGUUGGAACGUUGAGCAUCAUCUGCAUUUUGGGACUGACACUCGGUUUGGGCAUCUAUGGCAUCGCCAAUGCACCCGAAGUGCCUUUCGGGCCACCAUCGGUCUCUAAACUGGGCAAAUACGAGACGGCGGCCGUGAGUUCGGACGGUGUACCUUGCUCGGCUGUCGGACGGGACGUUUUGGUGGAAGGUGGAAAUGCAGUGGACGCGGCCAUCGCUGCCAUGUUUUGCACGGGCACUGUCCAUCCGCAAACGUCGGGUAUUGGAGGCGGAGUGUUCAUGACCAUUUACGAUCCGGCCACCAAGACGGGCUGGUCCCUCGAUUCCCGUGAAGUAGCGCCCCUAGCGGCGACGGAGAACAUGUUUAACGGCAACAGCUCUCUCGCGCAAAAAGGCGGACUAGCCGUGGCCGUUCCAGGAGAAAUUGCCGGAUUUUGGAAAGCUCACCAACGAUUCGGCAAAUUGCCCUGGUCUCGAUUGAUCCGACCGUCCGUCAUCAUGGCCGAGACGGGCAUCACAGUCAGCCGACAUUUGGCCAACGCCCUCCGUGAAAAAUCCGCUGAAAUUCAAGCCGAGCCGUCCAUGUGGUACUUCCUAAACCCAGAGACGGGCCAAGUGUUGGUGGAGGGCGACGUCUUCACGAGGCCCGCCUUCGCCAAAACGCUCAGAGACAUCGCCCAGUACGGAAUGGAUGCGUUUUACAACGGAACGAUUGGCGACCGGUUCAUCGAGGACAUUCAAAGGAGGAACGGCAUCAUUACCAAAGAGGAUUUAAUGCAAUACAGUGCGGAUUGGAUGGAACCUGUUCGCGUGCAACUCAAAGAUAAUCUCGUCAUGUACUCGAUGCCACCGCCCGGCUCGGGAGUUUUGGCCGCCUACAUCAUCAACAUCCUCGACCUUUUCGCUCAAGAGAAUGAGAACGCAAUGUCGGACACGGAGCCGCUGACUUACCACCGCAUGGCCGAAGCAUUUAAACACGCCUACGCCCAGCGCACUAAACUAGCCGAUCCGCGUUUCGUUCCAGAAGUGUAUCAGUUGGCCAGCAAUUUGACGUCGGAGGAAUGGGCGAUAGACACCCGGGCAAAGAUCAAUGACUCGUUCACUUCUAACGAUCCGCAAUAUUACGGAGCCGUGACGUACACACCGGACGAUAAAGGAACAUCACACGCGUCCGUCCUGGACGCUGACGGGAUGGCCGUCUCAGCCACGACGACCGUCAAUCUCUAUUUUGGCGCUGGAUUUACAUCGGAGCAGACGGGCAUCAUUUUGAAUGACGAAAUGGACGAUUUUUCCUCUCCAAACGUCACAAACGCGUUCGGAGUGCCGCCCAGUCCGGCCAAUUUUAUCAAACCGGGCAAGAGGCCUCUGUCGUCCAUGACGCCCACCAUCAUCGUCGAUUCCGCCACGAACAAAGUGCGUUCGGUUGUCGGAGCUUCCGGUGGCACCAAGAUCACCACUUCCGUCGUCUACACAAUUAUUCAAAAUUUGUGGUUCGGCAAAACGAUCAAAGAGGCCAUCGAUAGGCCGAGAAUUCAUCAUCAAUUGUUUCCGAUGACGUUCGAGUACGAAACCGGAUUUCCAAAAGAUAUCACAGACAACAUGCUAACGAAAAACCACACCCUGGCCGAGUUCCAGGUCGGAUCUUCCGUUCACGGCCUGUCCGUCGAGUCGGACGGCUACAUUUACGCCAAUGCCGAUUAUCGCAAAGGUAGCGACGUUGCCGGGAUCGAUCCAGUCGAAUAGAUUUUUUUUUUUUUUUUUUUUUUUUUUUUCAAAAGCCAAUAAACAAAAAUUACACAUU